GUGAGCUUGCUGGUAAGUCUGUGCUCUUUGAUUCUCCUUCCUGCGUGAGGGCCUCAUGUGCUGUGGUGAAUGCGGGCGCCGCCGCUGCUGACGGGAGAGCCCUGGCGGGGCCCUCAAACGGUGAGAACAGGUGACUGAAUCUCAAACAGUAGAAUAUGGCUGGACAAAUCUCAGAAGCUGAUCAGAUCAAGCAGUUCAAGGAGUUUCUUGGAACAUACAAUAAAAUUACAGAAAACUGCUUCCUGGAUUGCAUAAAAGAUUUCACUAGCAGAGAAGUUAAACCAGAAGAGAUGACUUGCUCAGACCACUGCCUACAGAAGUACUUGAAAAUGACACAAAGGAUCUCCAUGAGAUUCCAGGAGUACCACAUCCAGCAGAAUGAAGCUCUGGCAGCUAAAGCAGGACUGCUUAGCGCACCUCGUUAGAUAAGGGCGCUCUGUUCAGACUUUACAAGCAGUGCCAAUGUUUGUUGAGCAAGAACACACUUUGGAUUUUCUACUGUCAGGAUGUGUGUCCAGCAACUUGCAGUUCUAGGUGCUGUUCAGACAGGAGAAACUAUGAAAAGUUAAACAAGAAAUUAGUCAUGGUGGACUGGCAAUGGAGUCUGUUUCUGAGGUGCUUUUAACUCUACAAUGGAGUACUACUGAUAGAAACUUCUCCAGGGCCUGCAGACUGGUAUGUUUAACUUUCAAGGGUGGUGGGAGGGUUAUGCUUCCUUUCUGCUAGGACUGAUUCAGAUAAAUAAAUGGAAUAUGGGAAAUACACCUUUUUUAUUUAAUUAAAAUUAAUGGGAACUAUA